AAAAAGAAACGCCUUUUAGCUUGCUUUGUUUGCGUGAGAGUUUAUCAAAUAUGAAGCUCUGGUUGGCCCGUUAGUAAUGCAGGUAUUACGACACAAACAUAUUUAUGUGCAGUGUCCCAAACAUCAAACCACAAUGACAUCAUUUGUGGUUAAACCAAUUAUACAAACUCCCGCAUUUCUUGUAAAUGCCUGUGGUGCAAAGUUCUUCACCGGACACCUGUUAUCCUAUUUCUGUAACAACACAAAGCAGUACAAAUUUGCGAGACUCUCCCUACAGCCUCAGAGGAGUCAUACAGAGGGUGAAAGCCAACACUGGUGACGGAAAGGUGACCCAUAAAGCCGGAGAAAUAUUUUAUUAGGAAAUCACUUAGAAUAUUUUGAAAAUCGGGACAAAUGAAACUGGACAAGGAUUCGAAGAUGAAUAUGAUUUCUACGUUUGUCGUUAUUAUGUAUACCAUCCCCGGGGCUGUAGGUGAUUCCAGGUGUAGAGCUAUUGGUGGAAACUGCCAGUAUGAUUUAAGUUCAUGUCCGGGAGGGGUGAGGAGUGGAUUGUGUAAUGGACCCAGGGCCAGGCGAUGUUGUCUACCUGCUCCUUCUACGGGUGGCCCCUGUUUAACGUCAUCAGAAAUGACGGCCCUGGAGAAUAAGCUGAUAACGUACGAGGCGAUCCGAUUAACAGCUUAUGACCCACAGCCGCAGAGCAGAUACGAAGACCUGACCAUCUGUGUCGGGUUUAACUUGAAGAGAGGUGGGGCCAGAACCGUUUUCAGAUCAGUGCUGCCAGGAGUAGACUUUGAUUCGGUUUACAACCGCCGGGCUUCACUCACAAGGAAUCAGUGCAUGGCACUAUCCCGGCAUGACCUGACACAAACUUACAUCCCGAGGGCUAAAAGAGUUGCCGGAAAUCAAUUCUGCGGUUUUCCGGAAAAUGUGAAGAUCGCGAUUGUCAACGCCGUCUACCGAGGGGAUUUGGCUUAUAAUCACAGAACCGCUGGUUACAUCAGGGCCGGUAACUGGUGUGCCGUGGCAGACGAAUACCUGGACAAUUAUCAGUACAGAAAUUGUCGGCGGCUGGGUAUCCCAGGGGUGUGUACCCGGUUGGACUGGAACGCAGCACAAUUCAGGACAAUGUGCUAAAUGUAUUGUCAAAUUCAAAUCCAUUUAAUAUGAAUAUGUCAUUCAAAAACGUAAAAUCCUGUCACCUUAUUCUCUUUUACGUCUUUUUGAUGAACCGUGUCAAGUUUAUACGAUUCAGUGCAUUUGUGCUGCCUGUAACAGACAU